UUUCUGCUGUUGUUUGCAUUGGCCCCUCCCCAUCGUUCUGCCUCAGCAGCACUGAAGGGUCCUCUGAUGCAGUGUCAGCUGAGGAGGGGAGCAUCCUCUCCUCCAUUGGCACUGCAGUAUUGGGCAUAGGGAGCCUAAAGCCAGCUCUGCUCCAGGUGCCAGCAGGCAGCAGAGGGGUGAAGCAGUGCAAUUCUGGGCCUUGCUGACCUGGAGGGGUCUCUAACUCAGAGAUGUCUGUGCUUCUCUGGAGGCUGCAGCAUGCAGCACAGUUCUCACGUGCAGGUCUUCCUGGAAACCCAGCCCUGGAGCAUUAUUCUGGCCCAAGAUGAGCCCAUGUAAGAGAGAUCUCCAGACUCUUGCCCAGCAAUGUCUGCUUGCUUGAGCAGAGAGCAGUCAAUCUCUGCUGCCUGUGCUGCUUUUCCAGGCAGCACUGACCUGAGCCUGGUGGGAGCUGGGGGCUGGGCUGGGUCACCUCAUUGCUGUGAAGCCCUGAAACGGGCUGACCCAGCACAGAGCUCCUCCUGGCCGGAAUCAGUAGGCAGUGGGAGGAUGCUGGAUGCAUCCGUUCCAGGCAUCAGAGGUUGGCUAAUUUUUUUUAUUUUUAUUUUUUUACUGUUUGAUCUCUUUUAUGUUGAUUUGACUCACUGCUGCCACGUGAGCCUCAGGGAAAGUUACAUGGUAAACUGAAAGCAAAAUGUGAUUUUGGCGUGAUGGAAACUGCCAAGCUGUGGCAGGAUGCGUCACCUUGUAAUUUCCUAGCAGAGUUUCAGAGGGCUCUAUCUGUGUGCUUUAGUUUCUUGGCUUUUGAACUGGAUUUGCAGGAAGGAGGAAAUGAAGGAAACUGAAUCUCAGAGCGUCGGUGUGCUGGGCACUGGCACUGGUUGGGUUGCAGCAUUUGCUGUGUGUGUGGCUGGGUGGGGGGACCCUGUGUGGGAAGUGGGUGCUGAUUGCUGCCUGUGCACCUGGGCUGCGGGAGGAUGGUGUGAGGUGGGAGCUGAAGGGCAGAGUUUGAAGAUGCGAUGUGCUGGAAGUUAACAGCCUUUGGAGAGAAGUGUUAAACGCUGUGAUUGAAGAGCUGAUUGGGGAGGAGGCAGUGAGAGAAUGCCUGGACUGACCAGUGUCUCCCAAAUCUGGGUGGAGUGGCCACCAGAUCCACCCUUCUCCAGGGCACAGGGAGCAGCUCAGCAUGCUGGCAGCAUUGCCACUGCAUGGAACUUCUUGUUGGACCUCAGUGGUGUGGAGAUGCAGAAGGGGAGGGAGCUCUGAGCUGCUGUUCUGCCACAGCCUCAAAGGGUUAACAGGCCCCGGGGAGCCAGGGGGGACUGUUCACACCCUCUGCCCAAUCCUGGGAAUCCCAGUGUGCUAAUUGAGCGCUAACGAGAUCAAAGGCUCCCAUCAGGCAAUCAUCACCCCCUGGCCCUGUCUUCAGUGCAGCUGGCAGUGGGUCCUGUGCACAGCGCUGCUCUUUGUCUGCGGUAGGAAAGCAGGGCGAUGUGGUCUCUCCCUGUGCGUGCCAGCUUUGGAGCCGGCCUUGCCUGGGCUCUUCUUACUGUCAGUCUGGGGAUGGAUUUAAGUUUACAGGAAAGUUUGCUGUUAAAAUCCCUGGGUCUGAGCGCGAAGCCCAGCCCCAAAAUCCCCAUUCCGGUGCCAUCCGUGCUCUGGAGGAUCUUCCAGAAGAGAAAGAGCCCUCCUGCAACAAACAGAGACCCGGUGGAUGGUUGUAGGGUGGAGGAGUUUAACGUCCCUGGGAACAUCAUCCGCGUCUUCGCUGACCAAGGCCACUUCGUUCAUAGCACGCAGCCCCAUCCGCUGCUGUGUCUGCAGAAGCGUCUGUACUUUAACCUCUCUGUGCUGGAGGAGGACGAGCGCCUGACGAUGGCUCAGCUGGAGAUCAAGUUCAGCCACAAUUUGUACCACAGCCCCGGCCGGGGGGGGGGCUUUGAGCUGAGGCUGUACCGCAGCUGCCAGGUGCCGCUGAGGGGGACGCCGUCCCUGGAGCGAGGCCGCAAGCUGCUGGUGGAGCAGUCCUUCGCCCGCCUGCACCGCUCUCUGCUCUUCAACCUGAGCGAUGUGGCAAAGGACUGGACGAUGCACAGCAGGAACCUGGGCUUGAUCCUGGAGAUCGCGGUGAGCAGAGAUGGAGCCUCAGGGCUGCCGAGCCUCUGCGCGGGCAUCGACUCGUUCCUGCAUACCUCUCUCCUGGUGGUGACCCUCAGCCAGCAGCAGUGCGGGGCAUCCAGGAGGAGGAGGAGCGCUUACAGCGUCCCGCUCACACCGAGCAACCUCUGCAAGCCCCGGCGCCUUUACAUCAGCUUCAGUGACGUUGGCUGGGAGAACUGGAUCAUCGCCCCGCAGGGCUACAUGGCCAACUACUGCCUGGGCGAGUGCCCCUUCCCCCUGACAGCUGAGCUCAACAGCACCAACCACGCCAUCCUGCAGACCAUGGUGCACUCGCUGGACCCCGAGGGGACGCCCCAGCCCUGCUGCGUGCCGGUCAGGCUCUCCCCCAUCUCCAUCCUCUACUACGACAACAGUGACAACGUGGUGCUGAGGCACUACGAGGACAUGGUGGUGGAUGAGUGUGGCUGCAGAUAGAGGAGUGGAUGUGGGUAUGGGCCGUGGGGGGCACGGAAUGAUUGAUGGAAUAAAUCCAAGUGUGAUAAAUGCCCUCUGUGCUGGUGCUUAGGGAGUUUCCUGUUGGGGCAGGGACUGGCAGAGCUCCCCUCUGUGCUGCCUUCAUGUGCAGCCAGGGAGGAGGCCUGCAUGACGGGAUGGUGACAGAGCUGGUGUAGUGGUAGUGCUGUGCUGGGUGCUCUAUCAGAGCCUGCAGGUGGUUACGGGGUUAUGAUCAGGUCUGACCCUGGGUGCUGCUCAGCCAUCCAGUGUGGAUGGCAGAGACACCAGGCUGGGAAUCCCGGCCCCCUCGUGUGCCUGGCAGAGCAGCUGCUGCUGCUGGGCUUUGUUGUUUUUGCAGCUUAUGCGAUGCAAAACGAAAUGACCCUUUUGGUGAAGUGAUGCUGGCAGGUUCAGCUGCAGCAGCUCUGGUCCAACUGCAAGAAGAGGUAUGGUGUCGUGACGCUGAGCUGGGUCGCGACUGAAUCUCUUCCCUGGGGCAGUGGAGGCUGUAGUGCUUCUGCUUCACUCCUGAGCUGGAUGUUGGUGUACUUGGAGCUGAGUUAUCUCUAGCAUUGCUUUUGCUCAUCCCCAAUGUACCUGUUGUAGAGGGUUUGUCUGCAUCAGCUUCUAUGGAGCAGCACCACGGGAGAGGUGGCUGAGGAAGGGCAGCAUGCAGGAGGGGCACGCAGUGCUCUGUGCAGCAGUCAGUGGCAUUUUGAUCCCUCCCUGAGCUCCCUCUGCUGCAGCACAGUGCUAAUUAACCUCGCUGAGUGAAGCAAUGAGCGCAGCUGGAGCCACAUGGCACUGUGCAUCAGCAGCUUUGCACAGCAGUAUUACAACCCUUGUAAUUCAGGCACCACAUGAAUAAUGUGGAUAUGCAUUUUGGGGUUAUUUUGGAUUUAUUUGGCUUGUUGUUGUUUAGUUUUUUGAGGACUUGUGGACAGAGCUGCAGCUCUUGGCUGUGGUCCUCAGGCUGUUGCAGCAGUGUGGCUGUUGCUCUUGCAGUGUUUGAUGCCCUGAACAGAAGCCCCCAGAGCAGUGCUGUGUGCUGCCCUUCCAGCAGAGGCUUUCCUGGCACCGCUGCAGCUUUGCUGUUUUUUGGGGUUGGGGGGAACAGACAAGAAAUCUGAGUUAACUUGAAUUUUUUUUUUUUUGAGCCUGACAACAUAGCCUGGACUAUUACUAUUUUUACUUUUUUUUUGUACCUGUGUUGUAUUUUGUCUCCAAGAUGUGAUGAGGUAUUGCCAAGUGCAGCUGGGCCUUCUUCCUCCAAGGAAGCACUAAGGGUUUAAACCACUGCCAGAGCUGCAGAGGAACGUCUUCCUGCAGCACCGUCCUGCUGCCGUGCCUGAACUAUGCAGCAGAAGGCUGAGUAGUUUGAGAACAGCCCUUAGCUUGGUAGGACUCACCUUGAGCUUCCCCACAUCCAGCAGUAACCCCUAACAUAGUGCAGAGAAAGCAGGUUUUAAGAGCUUUGAGUGGGGCAUAACCCAGCAGGAACUCUUUCUUUCCAAAUUAAAAUGGGAGGGAUUCACAAACCACUCCUUUCCUUUUGGUACUUGGCUAGAGCAGACUGAGGGAUGCAGAGCUGUUAUUGGAGCCGGGCUGAGCACCCACCCAGGAUCUGCAUUUGCUUCCCCACGUCCGCUCUGCUUGCCCCACACUUUUGUACCAGUCUGUGUUUAAAGGAAGUAAUAAACUUGAAGUUUCUACAAUCAUA